AUGCACAUCUCGGUGGAGCAAUACAAAGUCUUCCUGGGACAAAACAUCCUUUUCGCGAGUUGUCCGGCAAUUCAUGGCACUGUCACAUACAAGCCCAGCCGAACGGUGCAAGACGAAACCAUUGAUCGCAAUCAUACCUUGCGACUCGGCACUUUCUCUGCUCACUCGUUGAUGCGCGGGCUGGUCGAAGCGCUGGAAUCGAUAUAUCAAUAUCAGAGACGAGUGUCCGGCUGUGAAGUGACAAAUCUGCAAUUCGUGCGGACAAUCGCACAAUUGAAAAUGGGCAUCGCUUCGAUUCAAUACCAACGGAUGAAGAAAUUGAGAAUGUAUAUCGGUCGCUACACGGGAGAACACACGGGAAAGUGUUGGCCACCAAAGCCCAUGUUCGAAGGCUUUCGAUGCUGUGGUGUGUUAUGGGGAGGAAAAUUGAGCCCGACCAUUGCGAGAUGGCUUCGAAAUUGCGUGACUGGAGGGAGGAGGAGACAAUCGGAGGGUCAUGCGGAAACGUGGAUUGUACAGGAUCGACGACCAGUCAUCUCUGACGCUGUCUUUGCGAUGAAUCUCGAUAGGAAUCGGAGGCUGCCUGCCUUGCAUGUGAAUGGGAGAUGGAAAAGGUUGGGGGAUGGAUCUUCGCGUGUGGCCGACGAAUUUCUGGACUUGUCCCGCGUUCCAGAUGAGGUUCGACACAGGAUCUGCUACUUUCUGGGUUGA